CCUCACGCACACGCGUGUGCCUUCCUUCCCCCCAGGAGUCCUCUAUUGCCGGGAGAGAGGGCGAGGAAGAGCUCUGCUUGCGAGACUCAAUGUUUCUCCCGGGCCAAGUGCCCCUUGAGCAGCCAGACACGAGCUACGGAAGAGGAAGAGAGAAGAACCCCCAGUUUGCUCUUGCUACAGUUGUUGCUGCUGCCGCCGCUGCUGUUUGAAGAGGGUAUUCUCAUAAUUGCUGAAAAGCCGAGAUUCCAGAUGGCUAAUGCUAUGAAUGGCCGGAACCCUGGUGGCCGAGGAGGAAAUCCCAGAAAAGGACGGAUCCUGGGCAUUAUUGAUGCUAUCCAAGAUGCAGUUGGACCACCUAAACAAGCUGCAGCUGAUCGAAGAACUGUUGAGAAGACUUGGAAACUCAUGGACAAAGUGGUAAGACUAUGCCAAAAUCCCAAACUGCAGUUAAAGAACAGCCCACCAUACAUACUUGAUAUUUUGCCUGACACUUACCAACAUUUGCGACUCAUAUUGAGCAAAUAUGAUGAUAACCAGAAACUCGCACAACUCAGCGAAAAUGAGUAUUUUAAAAUCUACAUUGAUAGCUUAAUGAAAAAGUCAAAACGAGCAAUUAGACUCUUUAAAGAAGGCAAAGAAAGAAUGUAUGAGGAACAAUCACAGGACAGGCGGAAUCUCACCAAGUUGUCCCUCAUCUUCAGUCACAUGUUGGCAGAAAUCAAGGCAAUCUUUCCUAAUGGGCAGUUCCAAGGGGAUAAUUUUCGUAUUACAAAAGCAGAUGCUGCUGAAUUCUGGAGAAAGUUUUUUGGAGACAAGACUAUCGUGCCAUGGAAAGUAUUCAGGCAAUGUCUCCAUGAGGUUCAUCAAAUUAGCUCUGGCUUGGAAGCAAUGGCUCUAAAAUCAACGAUUGAUUUAACUUGCAAUGAUUACAUUUCAAUUUUUGAAUUCGAUAUUUUCACCAGGCUAUUUCAGCCCUGGGGUUCCAUCUUAAGGAAUUGGAAUUUUUUAGCCGUGACACAUCCUGGUUACAUGGCAUUUCUAACCUAUGAUGAAGUCAAAGCACGGCUACAGAAAUACAGCACCAAACCUGGAAGCUAUAUUUUCAGGUUAAGUUGCACUCGAUUAGGACAGUGGGCCAUUGGAUAUGUCACAGGAGACGGUAACAUCCUACAGACCAUACCUCAUAAUAAACCUUUAUUUCAAGCCCUGAUUGAUGGUAGCAGGGAAGGAUUCUAUCUGUAUCCUGAUGGACGGAGUUAUAAUCCUGAUCUGACGGGAUUAUGUGAACCCACACCACAUGAUCAUAUCAAAGUUACACAGGAACAAUAUGAAUUGUAUUGUGAAAUGGGCUCUACUUUCCAGCUUUGUAAAAUCUGUGCAGAAAAUGAUAAAGAUGUAAAGAUUGAACCUUGCGGGCAUUUGAUGUGUACUUCUUGUCUUACUGCAUGGCAGGAAUCAGAUGGUCAAGGCUGUCCCUUCUGCAGAUGUGAAAUAAAAGGAACUGAGCCCAUUAUUGUGGAUCCUUUUGAUCCAAGAGAUGAGAGCUCCCGGUGCUGUAGCAUCAUCGAUACCUUCAGUAUGCCAAUGCUGGAUUUGGAUGAUGAUGAUGACCGUGAAGAAUCUUUAAUGAUGAAUCGUUUGGCUUCAGUUCGAAAGUGCAAUGAAAGACAGAAUUCUCCAGUGACAUCACCUGGAUCUUCUCCUCUUGCACAAAGACGAAAGCCACUUCCAGAUCCUCUUCAGAUACCACAUCUUAGCCUUCCACCAGUACCUCCCCGCCUGGAUCUCAUUCAGAAAGGUGUAGUUCGUUCUCCCUGUGGCAGCCCAACCGGUUCACCAAAGUCUUCUCCAUGCAUGGUGAGAAAGCAAGAUAAACCCCUGCCGGCACCUCCACCUCCCUUAAGAGAUCCUCCACCACCUCCACCUGAAAGACCACCUCCCAUCCCACCUGACAACAGAUUAAGUAGACAUUUCCAUCAUCUGGAAGGUGUACCUUCCAGAGACCAACCCAUGCCUCUUGAAGCCUGGUGCCCCAGGGAUGUGUUGGGGACAAAUCCAUUGCUAGGAUGUCGAAUCUUGGGGGAUGGCUCACCCAAACCUGGACUUACUGCAAGUUCAAACAUAAACGGAAGGCAAAGUAGGAUAGGCUCUGAUCAAGUACUUAUGAGAAAACACAGACGCCACGAUUUGCCUUUGGAAGGAGCUAAGGUCUUUUCUAAUGGUCACCUGGGAAGUGAAGAAUAUGAUGUCCCUCCCCGGCUUUCCCCUCCUCUUCCAACUACAUCCUUCCUUUCUAACCUAAAGUGUCCUAUUCCUUUAACAAAUAGUCUAUCAGAAAAAAUAAAAGAGAACAUAGAGGAAGAGGAUGAUGACUACAAGAUUCCUUCAUCCCAUCCUGUAUCCCUGAGCUCACAACCACUUCAUUGUCAUAGUAUAAAGCCUGCUGUACGGUCCUGUGAGAAUGGUCAAUGUAUAAUGAAUGGAAUACAUGGUACCUCAUCAGAGCUGAAGAAAUCAAAUCCCCCUGAAUUAGGCAUAUAUAUAAAGGGAGAUGUUUUUGAUUCAGCUAUUGUUCCAGUGCCAUUACCACCUGCCAGACCUCCAUCCCGGGACAAUCCAAAGCUUGAUUCUUCACUCAACAGGACGCCCUCUGAUUAUGAUCUUCUCAUCCCACCAUUAGGUGAAGAUGCUUUUGAUGUCCUUCCCCCAUCCCUCCCACCACCCCCACCUCCUGCCAGACAUAGUGUCAUUGAACAUACAAAACCUCCUGGCUCUGGGAGCCGGCCAUCCUCAGGACACGAUCUCUUUCUUCCUCCUUCAGAUCCCUUUUUUGAUCCAGCGAAUGGCUUAGUACCUAUGCCUCCUGCUCGGAGAUUAACAAGUGAAAAUGUCAAAACAAACAGGAUAUCUCAAGACUAUGAUCAGCUUCCUUCAGCUUCAGAUGGUUCACAAGCUCCUGCCAGACCCCCUAAGCCACGGCCCCGCAAGACUGCACCAGAAAUUCACCAUAGAAAAGCCCAUGGUCCUGAAGCAGCAUUGGAAAAUGUUGAUGCAAAAAUUGCAAAACUUAUGGGAGAGGGCUAUGCUUUUGAAGAGGUGAAAAGAGCCCUCGAGAUAGCCCAGAACAAUGUUGACGUGGCCCGUAGCAUCCUAAGAGAAUUUGCCUUCCCUCCUCCUGUUUCUCCAAGGCUAAAUCUAUAGCUGCCUGGAUUUUGAAUCUCUCAAAUGGAAAUCAGCAGAUGAGGAAUUCUAGGAAUGUGUAAGGGAGAGCAAAUGCAAGAUGGAUUUCAGAAGAGAAAGUUUUUUCUCUCCUUUGCAUAGAAGAAAGCCCGACUGGUGCAGCUUUUCAAAGGAAGACAGCUGCUAUACUGAAGAUGUAAAUGGGCUGCGUGCGGCUUACAAUAUUUUUGCUAGCCAUACUUUUAAAUCAGGGUUGAACUGACAAAAAAAAAAAAUAAUUUAAAGAAGUUUACUUCCCUUGAACUUUGAAUCUGUGAAAUGCUUUUCCUUGUUUACAAGUUGGCAAGUUACAGUUUUGUUUUGUUUUGUUUAAUUUGAUAUCUGUACUGUAUGUGACCUAUAUGUGACCCUUUGUAGUAUAGACAAGUCUACUGUAGCAUUUCCUAGUAACUUCUCUCCCAUCCACAUCAGCAGCAGAAUCAUCAGGAUUUAUUUCAAUUUGAUUUUCCCCUUCACGUGCCCAUUUCUGUUUCUCCAGUUUAUAUAUGUUAAUGAUUUUUGAAUUUUAACUUAGUGAACAAAUGCAAAAAAAAAAAAAAAGUAUGUGGCCUUCACUACUGAGUCUUUUCUUCUGAAACCAUCAGUUUGGGGUGGUGGGAGGAGGAUGAGAGGGGUAGAAUCUCAAUGUAUAAUGCAUUAUUUUAUCAAGGAACUAUCCUUUCUGAGGUAUUUGCGCAGUGAUAAAGAACUACCUUUCCUUUUACUGUAGAUACUGGGGUGUUUCAUCUACCAAAAUCUGAUCUAGAUCAUCACAGUUCUCCAAAAUCUAAGAGAUGGCCAUACAACUGCUGCAGAUAUUCGUGAAAUUCAAAUGCUAUAGUGAAGUUAUUUAAUGAGGUCACCUGCUAUUUAUGCCUCCACUACCUUUGGGCAUACUGAAUAAUGCGGCCUCCUCUUUGAAUUAUGUUAAUAAUUUUCACAUAAAAUUAUGGUCAAACGUUUUUUUCCAGAGUGGAAUACAGUUCAUUUCCUGUUUGAAUGAUUAUACUUGGUUCAUAACGGCUUUGGGAACCAGUUCAUAUUAGCUUGGAAACUUUAAAUCUUUGAUGCACUGUUAAGUGCUAAUGCUACUGUGGCAAUAUAUUUUUCCAAAGUUCCUAGUAAUUUCCUCCUUGUGCACUCAAAUUAGAAUCCAUAUUUAAUUUGUAGACUCACUCCUUCAUUGCCCCUUCUAAUUAAGUGAAAGUAUCUAAAAAUUCUUCAGUCUUAUCAUACAGAGGUGGUUCUUUCAGAAGCCAUUUUGUAAAAUUUAAUCAAUUAGCAAAUAUUAAGUACCUGCUACAUAUAGCCAGCACAAUUUUAGGAACUGCACAAACUGACACUAGCUGACCCUAGAUUAAUCUUUCCUUGUUAUAUCUGAUCUUCUCUUUGCAAAAUGACCUCUAAUUUUAAGACAAUAUUUUUUAAAUAGCUCUUUUUGGAUUUCAGGGCUAUUUUCAUAUUUCUUUGCCUUAUUUUUGGAUUUCAGGGCUAUUUUCAUAUUUCUUUGCCUUACAGAAAGACAGAAAAUAAGAUAAAGCUAAAUCAAUGUCCUCCUUCAUCCUGAAUUGCCUGGUCCACCUAAGAAUAUUCUUUUCUAAUAUAAACUAAUCUUGAGCUUAGUAUGUGUCUUCUGCCACUCUCCUUCCUCAUUGGCAUAGUAGUAUGUUGUCAAAGAUAUCUGACUGAGGAAGCCUAACAUCAGGGAUAAAUUCACCUGCAGUCUACAGUAAUUUGAAGAAUAUUUGCCAAAUAUCUGAUACAAAAUGUUGACAAAAAAAGCAGGCCCAAUACACAUUAGCAUUGCCCAAAACUAAUUCCAAUAUUCCCGGGGUAGUUGGUAGCAGGGGUAGAGGAAAAACAUCAUAAACUCAAUUCUUUUCAGAACUGCACCUAUUAAUUUUUAAUUUUUAAGUCCCACAGUAGUAGAUGAUCAAAAAGACUUGAGACUUCUGCAGAUACAAGUUAGGGCUCUUCAUUCUAUUGCUUGAUUUCUGCAAAUAUCUCUCAGCUGAUGGUUGGCCAGAAAGGGGAAUUUGCUUUUUGCAUUCACUGUUCAUUCUGUGAAUAAGCAUACCAAAGCCCAAAUGACUAUAUUUUUAUUCUCCCUUUUCUGGAUUGCGGUAACUUAAUUUCUUCACUUUUCUUUUGAUAGCAUUCACAGCUUUCAGUUUUGUGCAUUGGUUCCUUCAUAAAGGAAACACCAUAUCCUACAUUAGCCAUGUUAAAGAAAUUUCUGGUUGUAUAUGUGUGCUAUUAAGAAACAAGUGGCUUCUUUAUUAGAAUAGCAAUCUGUUCCUCUUACCUUCACAAAAUUGAUGAAAAAAUAAUGCAUUACAACUUCUACAGGUUUUCAGAACUUAAAGUGAGCCUUCACCUAUCUGUCAGCAAAGAUAGUUGAACAUUUAAUAAAUUUGAUCUAAGAUCUUCAAAUCAAUGAGCACUAUUUUAAAAGUGAAAACUUUCAUGCACAGAAAACUUUCCAACUGAUCAAAAUAUCUACUUUUGUGUUCAACAGUUUACAUCUCAAAUGUUUUUCAUCUCAAAUGAACCUAUCAGAAAUUCUUUGGCAGCAAAGAAAAGAGAUACAUCAAACAUUAUAUUAAAUAUCAGAUGUUUUUUGAAAGAAUUGUUGCUCUCUUUUAUAGGGGACAUCAGAAAGAUUAUUUUGAAAAUAUCUAAGAUACUAAAAACUCCCUCUACUUAACAAAAACUUGUGCUUCUACAGUUAGAAGACGUCUAGAUUUUAUGUAUCUGUAACCUAAAAAGUAUAUAUAUGUGUGUGUGUAUAUAUAUAUACACACACACAUAUAUAUAUAUAUAUUUUUUUCUGUAUGUGUCAAGAAUAUCUACAGAAUUGUUUAUUUUGAUCAGUAUUCUGUAUGAUAGGAAGGUGAAUGGAUGAAAUUUAAAUUCCUGUGAGGUUUUUUGUGAACAGACUUUCCCCAUUGACUUUCCAGUUCUCUCAUCUCUAGCUUCUGCUGUUUAUUUGGUUUUUUAAUAUCUAUUAUUGUACUGCUAGGAAAAUAAGAUUGAUAUCCUAGCGAGACUCUCUAAAAGUUAACCAGAGUUAACUCUAAAAGCUAACCAUGCUUCAGCCUAACUCCUUUCCAAAGAAAUGGCUCUUAUUCUUCUUUCCUAUUCCUGAACCUUCACACGUUGGCAAAUGGUCAUUAGAGCCCUGAUCGUAACUCCCAAGGGCCCACUUUUUAUAACUGUCAGUAUUUCACAUUCCAAGAACACUUGGCAAAGAUUUCUUCAUAAUGUGAAUUUUUUUAUGCACCAGAAGCAUUUCCUGUAGAUGUUUGGAAUUUUUUUUCCUCUCAGAUUUUCAACUUGAAGCUUUACUUUGCACUUAGUAUCUGACUUGGUUAUAUUUUAAAUUUUUUGUGUCUUAAGCUUGACAGAUUUGGAAGCAAACUAUAGUACAUUUUAAAUAGUUUCAGGUACUACCUGUUAACCUGGAAUUUAAAGGUUCUAGGAAAAGUUUCCAGAAAAAAAAGACAGAAAUUGAGUGCAUAUUGAAGGGUUUUCUUCCAAAUAGCUAUUUUAUCAGCAAAAAAAAAAAAAAAAAAGAUACUUUUAAAAUUUUGUCUAACAUGUGGCAAAUAUAGUUAUGUGUUCAAUUAAUUUAUAUUUUAUUCAGCGUUCUUUUCCAAUUCUGGUUAUUAUGUAACCUCAAGUACUUUAUCUGUUCUUGUAAGGUAUUUUAUAAAAUGAAUGUUACCAGAA